GGUUUUAGUGCAUCAACCAUUCUUGGCAACGACGGUAGGUACUUGGAGAAUUUGGCGUUGUUUUUGGAGCCCGUGAUAACUAGCUCAGUCCGUAGUAGGUUUGUGAGGUGUUGGCACGCUAAAGAGGACGGCUGGGCGGCGUCUACGUUCCACGGCAACUGUGAUGACAAGGGACCCACUGUAACUAUCAUUCAAGUCGGCAGUUUUAUAUUUGGUGGAUACAGUGACGUAACAUGGAAAGUUGCUGGUGAGUACAUGUAACAGGAGAAUUAGGACUUGUUUUUUUUUGUUUGCUAACAAUGAAGAACGAUAAAGUGGUACAGCGGCUUUUGGCUUGAGUACAUGUACUGUUAAAAAAAAGGAUGUUUUUCUGGUUACGUAAAACUCAAGGCGAGAAAGUAAUUCCUUAGGAAUCAGAAUUGGUCAUUUUCAUAAUGACGUCACUUGAUACAACUACCAGACGUUUGUUUUUCUCUAAUUCACAAUUUGAAUUAAAUUAUCCCGGUCAGGUUUAAAUCUUAUAAGAAUCGAUUUAGAAAUACAUUUUAAAACAAAAAAUUAAUGAUAAAAAAAAGUUGUCUUCAUGUCAUCAUUAUCAAAGACAGUAAAUACUUCCACGAAUCAUGUUAAUUUCUUAUCUUUUGAUAAUGAUGACAUGAAACCAUCGAAACUUCAAGUUACUUUUUUAUCGUUGAUUUAAGGUUUAAAUCACAACACCAAUAAACAUAAUCUUGCAAAAUUUGGUUUCGCCCUCUCCUUACAAAAACCCAUUAAGGUGCCAGUGGAAAGAAGAGGACGGCUCUGGUCCCAGCCUAAUUUUACUGAAUUAUCUUUAAAGUUCUCUAACUAUGAACUGCGGACUCUUUUUAAUGAAAAGUGUGACUUAAGAACUACCCCCCGGGUCACGGAAAUAAGAAGGAGAAAAAGGAAAAUUUUCCUUAAGUUUGUAAAAAGCAAGGUAGUUACAUCCGUGAACAUUCAUGAGCAAAGUUACUUUAAAAACUGAACGAACCACGGAAUCAAGGGGUUCAGCAAUGCAGAGGCUAAAUGAAAAAAAUGUAUCAGAUGCAUGUGUGAUACUGUCUGUCAUUUUUAUAGUCUUAAUGUAGUUUUCAGGCACUUCAAUAAUUCGAUAGAGCUGGAUUCAGUUAUGAUAUCACGUUAUACAUUCUAGUUUGCAACACGCUCUUUUCCACUAACACUGAGGGAUUCCAGUUUAGGGAGAGUUCCCUUUUUGCUAUAGUAGUUUGUUACUCCUCUAAAACUGCCUAAUUUUCUAAAAUAAUUUUCCCUCCCCCACUAAUUUCAAAGUUAAUACAGUGUCAUUACUUUACUCAAUACUUAGGAACAUUGAAAAAUUUAUACAAAUAGAGCAAAUUUUAAAAAUGCAGUUAUGCAUAGGUUGUCUAGGAAUGUCUGUAUGACAAGCCGGACUUGCACUCACUAUUUUAAACUGAAGUCCGGAUCAUUGAAUAUUCCUAGAAGUUAAUUUUUUAUGAGCGCCUUUAGUAAGGUCUGUCAGAAUUGUAAAAUGUCGUUAUUAUCUCCCAGGUGCUGGUUGUUCCUCUGGAGAUUCACGUAACGCCUUUAUCUACUCACUGACCAAUAACAACGGUUCUGGACACGCUGUAUUUAAUCCUGUUAAGCUGCGAGUCAAGUCAGAUAAGUACCAUAGAGCUGUACCAAGGUGUGAUUUUUAUGGACCUUUAUUUGGCGAGGGUGAUAUUAUCAUAUCAAACAACUCUGGUAGUAAACAGGAUUCUUAUACUUAUUGUGGCAAUAGCUACCCCCUCCCCCCAGGGUAUUCUCUAUCUGGUUCUAACUGUAAAUUCUAUGCUGGAAGCCACAAAUUCACGCCUACAGAUAUCGAAGUAUUCUAUGAAACAACCACUUAA